AUGGUGCAAGUGAACAAGAUUUUGACAGGCAUUGUUGGCGGCGCCGGCCUGGCGCUAGCGGCCGAUUCGUGCAACCCGCUCAAGAGCAGCGGGUGCUCGGCGGACGCGGCCCUCGCCGGGUCGUUCUCCGAGGACUUCACGUCCGAGCCUGCGCACUUCAAGAAGACCGAGUAUGCCACCGGCAUCAUCGACUACAGCGACAGCGGCAUGAACAUGACCAUCGCUAAGCGCUACGACAACCCAAGUCUCAAGUCGGACUUCUACAUCAUGUACGGUAAGGUCGAGGUGGAGCUGAAGGCCGCGCCAGGCCAGGGUAUCGUGUCGUCAUUCUACUUGCAGAGUGACGAUCUGGACGAGAUCGACCUGGAGUGGGUCGGCGGCGACACCACUCAGUUCCAGACCAACUACUUCUCCAAGGGUAACACCGCCACCUACGACCGUGGUGCGUUCCACUCUGCGGCCUCUCCACAGGAGACCUUCCACAACUACACCAUCGACUGGGCCAUGGACAAGACCGUGUUCUACUUGGACGGCGUCGCGGUCAGAACUCUGACCAACGACUCCAGCCAGGGCUACCCUGAGUCGCCCAUGUACGUCAUGAUGGGCAGCUGGGCCGGCGGUGACUCCGACAACGCCCCAGGCACCAUCGAGUGGGCUGGCGGCUUGACUGACUACACCCAGGCGCCAUUCUCCAUGUUCAUCAAGCGUGUCAUCGUCUCCGACUACUCUUCGGGCGAGGAGUAUUCUUACAACGGGCAGUCCGGCUCGUGGGAGUCCAUCGAGGCCAAGAACGGUGAGGUUUACGGCAGAUACGACCAAGCUCAGUCCGAGUUUGCGGCUUUGGCUGGCGGCGAGUCGAUCAGCAGCAGUGCCACUGUCCACUCCUCGAGCACUUCGAGCGCUUCUAGAUCUGCUUCCAGCACUGCUUCCAGCACUUCUAACUCUUCCAGCACUGUUUCCAGCACUUCCAGCACUUCCAGCUCUGCUUCCACCACCUUGUCUAGCUCCUCCAAGGCUGGCUACAACUCUACUUCCAGCGCCGCUCCAAGCUCUACUUCCAGCUUGUCUUCCGUGAGCUCCAAGGCCUCCACCUCUAGCUCUGCUGCUAGCACCAAGGCUUCCGCUUCCAGCUCUGUCUCUAGCUCCGCUGCCAGCUCCAAGGCCUCUGCCUCCGCUUCUGCUUCCUCCACCGCCGCUGCCGCUAGCUCCAAGGUCUCUGCUGCCACCACCACUUCCGCAAGCUCCACUCUAGCUACCUCCACCGCCGAGGCUGCCAGCAGCUCCACCUCCGAGUACUUGGCUAUCGCUACCACCAACGGUGCUUUCGCCCUACAAUCAAAGCUCUCAUCUUUCUUGGCGGCUUUGGUGUUUUUGAUUUAA